AUGUCAUCUAAAAAUUUAUCACAAAAAAGACCGAGAACAGCUGUUAGUGAAUAUUUGAAACACGAAAUAUAUGAAUAUAGUCAAAAUAAUCCUAACACAAGGCAAAUAGAUAUCGCUGACCAUUUCAAUUCUCAAGACCCCAACUUAAAUUUGGAUCAGACCACUAUUUCAAAGAUAUUAAAUGAUAAGUCAAAAUGGUUAGCAGUUACAGAAGACCAAUUAAGUUCUAUAGUUUUUCGGUGUAAAAAAGUGAAAUAUCCUUUAUUAGAUCAAUCAAUGAGACUCUGGGUUGAACAAAUUACUAACAGCGAAGUAAUUCUAACGGAAUUAAUGAUUAAAGAAAAGGCAGCUUCUUUUGCAAUAGAUAAUGCCUCAUCACAUUUUCAUAACCAACCUAGUACCCAUGAAACAUAUGAAUUGAAUGAAUCAAAUUCUGAUUUAGAUGAAAAAACAUCUAAUAAUUCAGAACUUGAAAGUGCAAAUAAUAGUCAUGAUAAUCAUAGUAAACAUGGUAAACAUAGUACUGGUAGGAGUAAGGGUCAUUAUGGUAGUGGUUAUGGUCAACCACGUAUUAUUCCUGAUUAUUCAAACAUAGAAUUAACUAAUAUUAAACUUGAAUUUUUACCCCCAAAUACCACUGCACAUCUGCAGCCUAUGGAUGCAGUACAAUGA